GCGUCUUCGCCACUCGCAUGGCAGAAACUGUAGUGAACUGUUAUACCAAAUAUCUUUAAAAUUUAUGUAGAGAUUGAUAAUUAAUUUCACAAGUUCUCUGUCAAGGUCAAAGUAAAGAUUAUUAUAUUCUAGAUGGAUGAAAAUAAGUUAUCAGAUUCAAAAAUUAAAGAAACAGUUCAGAAUAAAUACAAAAUUUACCGUCGUCGAUGUCAUUUUUCAAAAUUUGAAAGUAUGAGAAAUAGUAAUCUAUUAUGUGAUAUCACAAUUAAAGUAAAAGAUAAAGAGUGUUGUGCUCAUAAAGUAAUUUUGGCAGCAGCAUACGGAUAUUUUGAACACUUAUUUAUCCAAAAUGAAGUUGUAAAAAAAAAUGAUGCUAUAGUUUUAACAGGAAUUGAAGCAGCAAAUUUAGAUUCAAUUAUUCGAUUCGCCUACACAGGCCAGAUAAAAAUAACAGAAUUCAACGUUCUCAGUUUGCUUCGAGAUUUCGAAUUCCUCGAUGAAAUCGAUAUGAAAGAUGCUUGUAUUGAAUUUUUGAAAGACUCGUAUUUAACUUCGGAAACAGCUUUGCAACUCUACAAAUUAUCAGACAAUUUCAACAGUAUUUCUCUUAAAGAAGCAUCAAAGAAUAUGAUUUCUCGUCACUUGCCUAGUAUAUCAGAAAAUACGGAAUACCUAAAUAUGCACGUGGACGCGUUAAAAGAUAUUUUAUCAGAGAAUAAAGUGAGUUAUGAAAGAGAAUAUUUUGAAGGCACUAUAAAGUGGAUAAUGCAUGAUGUUGCUAAUCGAAAAAGCUAUUUAAAAGACUUAAUGAGUUAUAUUCAAAUUUCAAUAUUUACUUCUGAUUAUUUAGUCAAUUACUUAACGAAAACUAUACCACAUCAACACAGUGACAUAAUAGGAGAGAUUGUUUCGAAUUCAGGUGAUUUUGCUAAAAAUUCUGACAAACGCAUUAUUGUAGUUGACAAAAAAAAACCACAUUCAAUCCAGAUGUAUAACUUAAGAGUGGACACGUGGUCUGUAGAUAGCUGGGUGGUUGCUAGAAGUAUGAUAUCACACGAAAAUGAUUUUGGUUGUUGUACACUAAACAAUAAAUUAUACCUAAUUGGUGGUAGAAAUGAUUUUGGAAAUUUUACAACGGAUGUAACAGUUUAUGACCCUUCUACAAGAUAUUUUAAAAAAUUAUCACCCAUGAAUAAUCAACGAAGCGAUCCAGCUGUAUGCUCACUGAAUGGCUACUUGUAUGUAUGCGGUGGUUGGAAUAAAUUAGGAGUGUUGAAUGUAGUCGAGAGGUAUGAUCCCGUGACCGACAAAUGGGAAACACUGCCGAGCAUGAAGAAUCCACGGUCAGAUGCUGCAGCUGUGGCUUUCGACGACUGUAUUUACGUGGUUGGCGGAUGCAAUCGCUCUGCAGGCGCAUUGGAUUCGAUUGAAAGAUAUGAUCCAUCUACCAACCAGUGGAGCAUUUUAAGUGCAAGCAUGCAACAAGGUCGCGCUGGUCUUGGAGCGGCGGUUUUGGAUGGCAAAUUGUAUGCUUGCGGAGGUGACCUCACUGAAGUAUCCUGUACUAGUAGUACAGUUGAAGUUUACGAUGUUGAAAACAAACAGUGGCGGUAUGUGGCGAGUAUGCAAGAAAUCAGAUUACGAUUCGUACUAGUGACACAUCGUAAACAAUUAUAUGCAAUUGGCGGUAUUGCUAAUUCAACUGUAGAAACGUAUGAUCCACACACUGAUUCAUGGUCCUUCCUUUCGUCUUCGGAUCUGCCAAUGAAAGGUCUUGCUGGGGGAAUAAUCACUUGAAAAUUUAGCUAUUGAUGACCACGAUCACAAUUAUUUUCUAGAUAUAUUAAAGAAAAUGGAAAUUUCUUUCAUGCUAUUCUAAUUAUUUCAGAAGAUCGAAAUAUUUUUCCUACAUUUCUUAAUGUAUAACUCUCACAGUAUAUUUUAGCUACUUAAAUACUUUACAAAUUAUAUGUAAGAAACAAACUUGAUCAAUCAAAAGGAUGAUAAAUUUGUUCGGUUGCAAAGUAAAGAUGCUCGAUCAUUUCAGCACUACUAAUUUAUUUUUUACUUCUGAAAUAAUUUUUUAAUUUCAUCAGUUCAUUGUGAAAGUCAAUAAAAAAUGAGCACCUUUAGAGUUGAAAAUAAUUACGCAUACAGAACUUUGUGCGAUAAAUAUUUUGUAUCAUAUAUAUAAAUUCUAUGCUUAGAGAUUUUCUAUAUUUAAGAUAUAAUUUUUUUUAUGCUUAACUUUCUGUAAUUAUACUGUUUAUUUGAUCUCGUACCAUUAAUAUCGAUUAAUAUAUAUUUUAUAAUUUUUACGUUACUCUAAUCCUUUAUACCGAAUAUCACAUUAAAUAUAAGAAAUGUGCUAAUUUAAGAAACAAUUCGACUUAUAAUUUUGCCAACAAGUACUUAACAAGUGCGAAUUUAUUGAUAACAAAAAUAAAAAGCCAAAUUUAUUG